AUGGACCAGAGAGUGGAGAAAUUGGAGCAGACAGUUCAGUCCCUUUCUGGAGGACAGGAAGGAAUUGCGAAGAGAUUAGAAGAACUAUUUUCCCAAUUGAACGUAAGAAUGGAUCAGCUGGCUACCCACUCUUCUCCAGGGAAGCGCACUGAGCCUGAACCACAGACUCCGGAAUCCAGGAUUAAAUCCAACUAUUCGGUCGCUACCUCUUCAUGUGCGCCGAAAAUGGUCAAACUGGAUUUUCCAUGUUUUGAUGAAAAAGAGGACGCCACAAGCUGGAUUUGUAGGGCGGAGCAAUUCUUCCAAUUUCACCAUACCCCCGAUGAGGAUCGAGUGGGCAUCGCCUCCUUCCACAUGGUUGGGGAUGCUCAACUAUGGUACCAAUUAUUGAAGCAAGAGAAUCCUGUGGUCACAUGGGCAGAAUUCAAAGAUGGAUUUUAUGCACGAUACGGGCCCAAUCAGCUGAUUGAUUUCUUUGGAGAGCUUUCGAAAUUGCAACAGCAGGGUACAGUUCACACUUAUCAGACGCAAUUCGAAAAGCUUUUGGCCAAAGUGGGGGGAUUGGCGCAAGAUAGACAAGUUAGCUGUUUUGUCAGCGGGUUAACACCAUUAAUUUGCACUGAUGUUCAGGCCAAUCGGCCAAAAACAUUAGCAGAAGCCAUUUCUCUUGCCCGGUUGUAUGAAGCACAAAAUGCAGCUUCGGGGAAGGGGCUGCCAACGCAAACCCGACCAGCACCUCAGGUGGUUCGAUCUCCAUCUCGGCCAGCAUCAGAUUCCAUCAAAAGGCUGACAUGGGAUGAGCUCAAUGAAAGAAAACGGCUAGGGCUGUGUUUUAAAUGUAAUGAUAAAUUUGGCUCUGGGCAUAGGUGCAAGAAGCUCUUUUCAAUUCAAGCAGUUCUUGAGGACAGUGAUGAUGACACUGAAAUGGAGAUAGAAGAGCAGGAUUCAUCAGAGGAUGUUCCGGCUAUAUCCCUACAUGCAAUUGUUGGUUUUGAAGGACCAGAAACAUUGCGGCUAUGUGGAAGGGUAGUCAGAUUAGAUGGAACGGUCUUGGUAGACUCUGGUAGUACUCAUAAUUUCAUAAGUGCAGAGUUCGCUAGAAAAGCUGGUUUGGAGCCAACAAUAAGGAAAAAAUUAAAAGUACAGGUAGCUUCCGAUGAGGAAUUAUCAAGCCCAGAUAUUUGUACCCAGACUCAAAUUUUAAUUCAAGAAGAGUCUAUAACAAUUGAUUUAUAUAUACUACCAUUAGAGGGCUAUGAUGUCGUGUUGGAAACUCAGUGGUUGCGUACUUUGGGUCCUAUUGUAUGGGAUUUUUCUAAGCUUUUAAUGGCAUUCAACUUAGAUGGAAAGCAGGUACUCUUACAGGGCUCUCAAAUUCCUCCAAAUCAAGCCAUUUCAGCAAUUCAGAUGCAGCAGAUGCUCAAACACAUAAAAAAGGGGUUCCUAUUGCAAAUCAUGAAAUCAGACUCAACCAUCCCACAAAUUCCAAACCUGCACCCUGAAAUCCAAGAUCUUUUAACCAAAUUCAACAUGACCAUGACCGAACCAGUGGGAUUGCCACCACAACGCUUUCAUGAUCAUAAAAUUCCCUUAAAAAACCCAGAACCUAUUUCAGUGAGGCCAUACCGAUAUCCCCAUUACCAAAAAACAGAAAUUGAGAAAAUAGUGGCAGAAAUGCUUGCGACAGGAAUAAUUCAACCCAGCCAAAGCCCCUAUUCUGCUCCUGUUCUGUUGGUCAAAAAAGCGGACGGUUCUUGGCGAAUGUGUAUCGAUUACUGGGAAUUAAAUAAAAACACGGUGAAGGAUAAAUUUCCAAUACCUGUUAUCGAAGAACUUCUGGAUGAGCUUUCGGGUGUCCAAUAUUUCACCAAGCUGGAUCUCCGUUCAGGAUACCAUCAAGUAAGAGUUCAUCCUUCAGACAUUGAAAAAACAGCCUUCCGCACUCAUGAGGGCCAUUACGAAUUCCUGUUUGGCACCAGGGAAGUUAAGUACCUUGGCCAUAUUAUCUCUAAUGGUGGAGUCUCUGUAGAUCCAGAAAAAAUCGCAGCAAUACAGAGUUGGCCAAAGCCUACAUCGCCAAAAGCUUUACGGGGAUUUCUGGGACUUUGUGGGUAUUACCGGAAAUUCAUACAGCAUUUUGGAAAAAUUGCAAGGCCCCUAACCAGAAUGUUAAAGAAAGAUGGCUUUAACUAG